AUGGAAUGUGAUGGUGGUCGCAGUUCUUUGUCCGCGGUGAACUGGAAGGCCCUCUAUAUAUCAAGGCAUUUAGCCGACCGUUCAACUUGCGAAAUCUUGGACAGUAUCCUGGCUACGCAGACUGGCAGGAUUGAAAAAUUCCGUUCAAUACUCGAUUAUGGUUGUGAUGCCAAAGACGCUCUCUUGCGAAAUAUCUCCGCAGCAGAGGAUGGAGGCGACUAUCUAGCAAGAAGAUACUUUUCCCAGUCACUCCUGGCGAGCCUUCAUCGGAGCAUUGCUAUACCGGAAUGGAGUAGACUCGGCAACAAUGAGAACGUCCCACUAGAGCGCGCACUUGGUGCCUUUGACCUUUUUAUGCCAGAAAGCGGCUAUGGGAGUUUGGAUGAGAUAAAGCGCAAGCUGGACGGGAUAUCGGCUGCUGUUUUUGUGCAGAAUCCUGACAUUGGCCAAUACACGCCUCGUGAUAAGGCUAGGGCCAUCGCAUUUCAUUUGAGGCAAGGCAACUUAACUGGCAUCGAACAGGGGCGGGAGUAUCAUUGUCUGGAGCAUAACUUUUUGGGGGUUGCUCUGAAUGAACCGGGCCAUAAUUCACUGCCACUGGUAUCAGCAACUAUAUACUGUUAUGUUGCCGAAAGACUCGGCCUGCGUGCGCGACCUUGUGGGUUCCCUUUUCAUGUGCAUGUUAUCGUUCAGCCUCCACGUGGUUUCGACAUGGAUGGUAACGUACUGGAUGGGAUCGAGGGCGACCCGAUUUACAUGGACCCGUUUCGCUCGGACAGGGAGACUCCAGUCGCAGACCUCGAGAGUCAGUUGAACUUCUUAGGCGCCUCGCCUCUUGAGCGAGCAGCACUCCUAGGUGAAUCUUCGACAUCUGAUAUCGUUUUACGGUGCAGCAAGAACAUAUUGAAUUCCGUCCAGCGCAUGUCUCGUCGCUCCGAUAUUUUAACUUCAGUUGAUGUUGCUAGCGCUACCUACGCUGCCCUUUGGUCAGCAAUGUUGCUUUCUCACUCUUCCCAUCCGGCGGAGUUAAGGCAUCAUCUGCGCUGGUUGAUGGAAUUGUUCGCUACAGAAUUCCCUUUCGACACGCUCCUUGUUGAGCGAUAUAUUGCGCCGCUCUUCCACGGGAUGGUAGAACAUGAACAUAUUUUGGAAAAUUUACACGUCAUGCGAGCUGUAGAUGAAUUACCAAAACAGGAAAAGAGACGUACCUCUUAUGCCGGUAAUAUAAAAUAUCGGAUUGGUCAGUUACUUCGACAUCGACGCUAUGAAUACAGGGCUGUCAUCACAGGAUGGGACGUGGAGUUGGAUACUAGUGAACACUGGGUUGAUCACUUGGGUGGAGGAAGGCAUCAGAUUUUCUAUCAUGUCCUCUUUGAAGACGGCACUGUUCGGUAUGUGGCGGAGGAAAAUGUUGAUAUUAUAUUUCCUUGUGCGUCAGAAUUGCCACCAUCCCUUUUCGCAGUGGCAGGAAAGUAUUUCAAGCGGUGGGAUGACGAAAAUCGGAUAUUUCGAAAAAUCGAUGAAUACGAGGUGCAGGAGGAAGAUAUUUACAAUGUGGAUGAAAAAGGCUUCUUGAUCGGCGUCCUCGCUAAAGGCAAAAGGAUCUUCUCAAAGAAGGCCUACGAGCGAGAUGGAAAUCGCGAAUGGAUCACUACGAUUGCCUGUAUCUGCGCUGACGGGACCUCGCUAUCUCCGGGCCUUAUAUAUCAAGCCGCAUCUUCAAAACUUCAAGCUUCCUGGCUGCAGGAUUUUGAAGCCCUUCAACACAAGUGUUUCCUUGCAUCUUCACCUUCCGGGUGGACGAAUGAUGAGCUCGGAUAUGCGUGGCUGCGUGAUAUAUUCGAUCGAGAAACUAAGGCGAAGGCAAGGAGGCGUUGGGGGCUUCUUAUACUCGAUAGACGGUUACGCGGUGUUUACUCUCCUAAGAAGAUUCAGCAAGCUCGUGAUCUUCAAGCGGAGAAAGAUGAAGCUUUACAACUUGCCAAGGCUUCAAAAGAGGAAGAAAGGCUUCGUAAACAGUGCGAGAAAGAAGAAAAGAGGCUUUUAAUCGAAGAGCGCAAGCGAAUCCGCGCUUCAAAUAAAGAAAUUCGACUUCGUGAGGCGGAGGAAAAGAAGCGUAAAAACCAGGAUGAUCAGCUCGCUAAGCAGGCCGAUAUACAGCUUCAAAAUAACUUCAAUAAUCAAUUCGGCUCAGCGAGGCAAAAGUAA